CUGGUGUUUCUAUAUAAAGGAAGACGCUUUGAACGUUGACCAGUUUACACGUUUAUACAGCAACAACAAGUUACGAAUUGAUUUUUAUGUCUGAAGAAGUUCUAUAGUACAUUUUUAUCCAACAAUGUCUACCGCGUUAGCAAUGGGAUAUUAUGGAGCAAGAAAUCAUCAACAAGAAGAAAGCAUUUACAAUCUUAUUCCAACAAUCCCACCGACCGAAGCAAAGCCACCAAGGUACAAGUCAAAGUUUGCUCAAACUGUCCGCUAUGAUAUAAAGAAUAACAAAACUAAUGCAAAGACUAUGGGUCCAGCCAAGGUUCAACUUUCAAAACCUAAAGAAUUUCUGGAAAAGCAUUCCAAGGAUAAAAUUAUACCAGAAGGAAAAUCUCAAUUCCGAUAUCCUGAUGCAGACAGCAGAAAACCAGCAGUGCCAAAACAUACGGAAAAACCAUCAAUCAUGGCGGUUAAAUCAAACAAGAAUUUUGUAACUACAAAUGCUGUUGAGAAUAUCAUGUCUAUACCUAAAAAGCCAGAAAAGAAAUACGCUGAUACAAAGAUGGGAGCAACACAUCAGCUGGAACCCUCAGGACUGACUCCAAAAUACAGAAACAAGAAAGAUUUUGGCAAGACACCAGAGUAUCUAGAAAAAAGGAAAAAAGAAAUCGAACAAGCCCAGAUUGAAUAUGACACAUAUAUUAGAGAGAGAUUUAGACAAGGAGCUAUGAAACAAUUAUCUGAAAAUGAAAGGGAAUCUAUAAUUGAUGGAUUGAAAACAAACUGGGAAGAGCUACAUCAUCAAUACCAAGGACUAUCGGUUGUCACAGAUACAGCACCAAAGAAAGCAAGAAAAGAAAGUCUUGAAGCUCAAAUGAAACAAUUGGAAAGAGAUAUUGAGACGAUGGAGAAACAUAAAGUCAUAUAUAUUGCAUCUUAACUGGAUAAAAACAAAGCAAACAAAUAUGGAUAUUAUUUUAGUAAUAGAUUGUCAUUCACUUUGAAUACA